UUUAUUAUUUACAUUUGCAAGUUCAAUGAGAAGAUUUUUUCUCAAAUUAUAACAUAGUGCUCUUCCUUUUUAAAGUUAAAAGCUAAACUUUAAAAAUGUUAACAAGGACUUUUGGAAUUGUAUUAGAUAUAUUACGACCUGAAAAAUUCCAGGUGAUUUCAAGAUUCGGUAUAAAAUAUUUUGCACCUCCGAAGAACUAUGAUGAUAUUGAAAUACCUGAACGAACAAGAUUAAAAUUGUUUGACAAAGUUCCUAUGUAUCCAUCAAAUAUUAAACCCCCAAAAAUGCAAAAGAGGCUUCGUUACAUGAGAGGACCAGAAACAAUACAUAAUACUUUACAAUUAAAGCAAUAUGGGGUUGUGGCGAGGGGCGGUGGUAGAUUAAGACAUGAACACUUUGAAAUGAUACGUCUUCAAGUGGCACGACGGCUGGAUCAAAAGAGAAUGUUUGCUAUAUGGCGUGUAGACCCACCCUGGCAACCAGUUACAAAGAAAGGCCAAGGUCAAAGAAUGGGAGGUGGAAAAGGAGCUAUUGAUCAUUACUGCACACCUAUAAAAAGUGAUCGUAUUAUCUUUGAGAUCGGAGGGAAAUGUGAAUAUGCUGAGGUUCAUACUAUGUUGAGAAUAAUAGCAGAGAGAUUACCAUUUAAAGCUGAACCGGUCUCACAAGAAAUAAUGGAAAAGCAAGCAGUUGAAGAAAAGUGGAAGGAAGAAAAUAAUUUAAAUAAGUAUACAAUGAAAUAUUUAAUACAGAAUAAUAUGCAAGGGUGCAAUACUCACAUAUCCAAAUAUGAUCACCGUUGGUAUGGGAAAUAUGUGUAAAUAGCCAAUUUUGUAUAAUAAUGUAGUUUUAUGUUA